AUGGACAAAGUAUUGCUCAAAUAUACCGAAUACAAUGAGCCACAUGAAAGUCGCACGAAUUCCGAUAUUAUGGAGGCGCUGCAACGGAAGGAGUCGAAGCAUGGUGGUGGUGGCGACUCUGACGACGAUAGCCCAGGUCCGUCAACACCAUUGAACGGUCACGCGACCGCAACACAAAGUGUCGAACAACCAACGUCCGUCGCUCAACAACCACCAGCUGCCGCCAUUCAUCCGCUGUACACGAAUUUGUUCCUGCACCCGCACUAUCGCCCUCGUCCCGAACCCACCAAGCAUAUCGACUUUCCGACGACCAGUUCAUUUUCGUACGAAACGUCUGGCAUUAAUAAUGCACAGUCGUUGCAACCGCAUCCGUUGGCAGCGGCAGAUGCCGACUGCGAGUUAGUUGCGCCAGGUUCCACAGCCGAUCAAACGAUGUGGGCAGCUGCAUUGCAGCAUAAACCAUCUCCACAGCAACAACCACCGUAUGUGAAGUUGGAGCCGCAUAGUCCGCCGGAAAAACGGGCGCGCAUCGCACCAACAGCUGACUGGCGGCCGCAACAGCUCACCUAA